AGGCAGACCGGGAGGCGCUGCCAAUGGCAAUAGCUCACUCUUCUAACAGCAGUGAGCCAGAGAGCCGAGCCAGCCUCUAUGUCAGGGCCACUUACCUGAAAGGUGCGAAACGAAGAUGAUGACCAUGAACGGCAAGCAACAUUUCUCUAUGCACCCAGUGCUACAGGAGCCCAAGUACUCUGGCCUGCACGCGAGUUCGGAAAGCAUGCGCAGAGUUUGUCUGCCUGCCACGCAGCUCCAGGGCAAUAUAUUCGGUGGCUUUGAUGAGAAUCUACUGGCACGCGCGGAAGCUCUGGCGGCUGCUGACAUUGUCUCUCACAGCAAGAGUCACCCCUUCAAGCCAGACGUGACUUACCAUACCAUGAGUAGUGUCCCCUGCACCUCCAACUCCUCUACGGUGCCCAUCUCCCACCCUUCCAGCCUGACCUCUCAUCACCAUCACCACCACCUAAACCAGAGCUUGGAGGGUGAUCUCCUGGAUCACAUCUCGUCCAGCCUCUCGGUAAGCGGGAUGGGGGCUCCGGAUUCCUCUAUGAUGACCACGCAAGCCCACCAGCACCACCUCCAGACCAUGGGUCACCUCCACCAGGCAAUGACCAUGGGCCAUCCGCACUCUCUGUCUGUCCACAACGGAAUGUCGUGUGUCAACGACGUGGAGUCGGAUCCCAGGGAGCUGGAAGCCUUCGCGGAGCGGUUCAAACAAAGGAGGAUAAAGCUCGGAGUGACCCAGGCGGACGUUGGCUCAGCUCUCGCAAACCUGAAGAUACCUGGUGUGGGCUCCCUCAGCCAGAGCACUAUCUGCAGGUUUGAGUCCCUGACCCUAUCUCACAAUAAUAUGAUUGCGCUAAAACCUGUCCUCCAAGCCUGGCUCGAGGAGGCUGAAGCUGCUUACCGGGAGAAAAACAACAAGCCUGAUCUUUUUAAUGGCAGUGAAAGGAAACGAAAACGCACAUCAAUAGCCGCACCUGAGAAGCGUUCUUUGGAGGCGUAUUUUGCAAUCCAGCCUCGUCCAUCUUCAGAAAAAAUCGCUGCAAUCGCUGAAAAACUGGACCUUAAAAAGAACGUGGUUCGUGUGUGGUUUUGUAACCAACGUCAAAAACAAAAACGAAUGAAAUAUUCUGCUGUGCAUUAGUCCACAUGCACGAAUAAUAAUACAACAUUCUGAGGAGACUACAGGGAUCAUCAUCUCAUAUCUGACUGGAAUUUAUAGGCUAAGGAGACUCGUAGCCUAUUGGAAUUAUUUAAAUUUGAAUUAUUUAAAUUAUUUUGUCUAGUUCACUUUUUUGUCCUCUAACAUGCACUUUUUGUUGUGGAUUGGAAUGAAACGUGUCGUGCUAAAGGUCUCUUGGAGGAAGUUGUGGCUUUUACUUGACUGCACCUCACAACUCUCUUCAAUCACAUUACUAUAACAAAUAGAGAGAGAAAAUGUCAUCUCUCUGUCAUGUAAUAGGCUAUGUCCUGUUGAAUGACGGUUAGUUGUUUGGACAAUUUCAUCAAUUACACCAACACUUUCACCGUUAUGUGUUGUUUGGAUUAAUAUUUGUAUAGGAUUUAAUGAACGUGUGUUCACUGUGUAGGGGUAAAACACCUUAAAAACAUCUUGCAAAUUAAUGUGCUUGUGAACUGAACUUUUGAAAAAAUCACAGCUGUGUGCAUAAUACAUUCAACAGUCGCAUUUCACAAUAUUUAUAACACGAGUUGUUUUCUUUAAUCAUUUCAAAAUGUAAUUAUUUAAACUUUGAAGGCACCCCAAACGGGCAUUGGAAGGCUGCUAUAUUUUGACAUUGCGUAACAGUUUGAAUCACUGAA